AUGUUUAAGAUACGCAGAGCCAAAGAUGAGGAGCCAACCGCUCCAGGGCAGGUGAGAAUUAAAAAGAAGUCGAACGUGCCGGGAGUUAUGAUCACCCAGUAUGUGGAGGAACUCCCAGAAGACAUGAGCACGCCAGAUUUCACUCGGAAACCAAUCUCUCUGACACUUCAAGAAGGAAAACCAGCGAUCUUCAGAGCAGUAGUUACUGGAAAACCAACACCAGUAGUGACCUGGUUGAGAAAUAAUGGAGAAAUUGAUGAAGGGUACAAUAUCUCCUUCGAUGCAGGUUCUGGUGAACACCAGCUACAGCUGCCGGACGUAUCGGUGGAUCAAGCCGACACGUACAAGUGCUUAGCGAAAAAUGAAUUUGGAAAAGCUAUUGUCACCGCAACCCUUAAUGUUAUUGAAGUUGGCUUCAAAAAGAGCAAAGCUUUGCAACAGUCCAGAACAGCCGUCCGAGAAAUACCAGAGGAUUUCAAAAAGUCCUUGAAAACAGUGGACACUGAGCCGAAAGAGGAGGAAAAAACAGUAAUGGAUGACAAGUUUUGGGAAGAGUUGAUGAGUUCAGACAAGAAAGACUAUGAGAGCGUCUGUGCGCGGUACGGGAUCACCAAUUUCCGUUGGAUGCUGAAAAAACUAAGUGAGAUGAAGGAAGAGAGGGAGCAAGAAGAAGUGAAGGUUGUUGAAAGACUCAGCAUACUGAAGUCCGUUGAAUUGAAACCUGUUGAUGAUUCAGAUAUUGAAGUUGAAGCGCCUAUCUGCAAAAUCUUCCUAUUUAAGGAUGGAGUUAUGAUUCCAUUUGAUGCUGAAACAGAGAUAAAACAUGGAUUGAAGCAAGUGGGAAAGAAGUUUAGCAUGAAUGGUGUCGACAUGGAGGAUGCGGGAUUGUGCGAAGUGGAGAUUGAUGGAAUUAGGAUCUUCUCAGCUGAUAUGAAGCUUCCCCCUUUAGAAUUCUUGGUUAAAUUGGAAGACGUGAAGGCAGAGGAGAGAGAGGACGCCAUGUUCGAGUGCCUCAUCUCGCAACCGAUGAAAAAGAUAACUUGGAAGUUUAAAAAUACCCCACUGGAGCAAGGGGACAAAUAUGACAUCCUUGUGUCCGACGACAUGCUGAUCCACACGUUGGUGGUGAAGGACUGCCAGCCACUGGACAAAGGAAUCUAUGCCGCAGUGGUUGGACUAGCAUCCUGCAGUAGCUGGCUUAUAGUGGAAGUGGACAAAGAUCUGAGCGCGAAAGGGAAGAAGAAAGUUCGCAAAACAACCCGGGCAGGUGGUGGUGGUGCUGAUCUGUUGUUGAUAGCUCAAGAGCAAAAUGCUAAGGUACAGAAAGAGAGGGAUGAGAUGAUUGCAAAAUUAAAAGCGGAGGCAGAAGCCGCUGCUGCCAAGGCUGCAGUUGAGAAGGCAGAGGCCGCAGCUAGAGCUAAAGGUGAAGCUGAAGCCAAAGCCAAAGCUAAAGCAGAAGCUAAGGCAGAAGCCAAAGCUAAAGCAGAGGCCAAAGCCAAAGGAAGAGCAGAAGCAGAAGCAGAAGAGAAAAGAAAGAGAGUGAGAACAGGCCCACUUGUUCCUGAUACAGUCAUCGACCCUGGAGUUUUCUUCACCGGUGGACUUUCAGAUGUAAACGCCAUCAUCGGCACUGAUGCAGAAUUGGUGUGCAGACUGAGCAGCGAGGAAUGUGAUGGAGUCUGGUUCAAAGAAGGGAUAGAGAUAACAGCUACAGAUGACGUCUGUAUCGUUAAAGAUGGGACUUAUCGAAAACUCAUUAUCAAAAACUGCAAAGAAGAGGAUGCUGGGAAGUACCGAUGUGAAGUCGAUGGGCGUAAAACAGAAGCUGUGCUAAUUAUUGAAGAUCCUCCCAGAAUAAACACAGAUGACCUUGCAGUGUUCAUAAAACCCGUCACGAUAAAAUCUGGUAAAGAGGCAGUGUUUAGUGUGUCCUUUGUUGGCCGGGAGCCCAUGAAGAUCCAGUGGUACAACGAGGGCGAGGAGCUGCUGGAGGACUCCAACAUCAAGAUUGAAAAAUCGUCCUCUAACAGUCGUCUGGUUCUCACCAAGUGCCAACGCAGGACCACAGGAGAAAUUAAGAUCAAGAUCAGAAAUGAAUUUGGAAAAGCUGAGGCUACUACACAGCUUAAUGUCUUAGACAAACCGACCCCACCCAUGGGGCCUGUGGAUAUAAUUGAAAGCAACUCAUCUUGCAUUGACUUCAAAUGGCGGCCUCCCAAAGACAGCGGCGGCUGCCCCAUCACUGACUACGUCAUGGAACGACAGCAAAUCGGCCGAAACAGCUGGAAAAAACUAGGCAAGAUUGGUCCAGAGCCCAAAUACAGGGACACUGAUGUGGAUCAUGGCAGAAAGUACUGCUACCAUGUCAGGGCUGAGACCGAUCAUGGCAUCAGUGAAAUGAUGGAAACAGACGACAUUCAGGCAGGGACCAAGGCCUACCCUGGUGCUCCUUCUAUGCCAAAGAUUGUUAGUGCUUUCAAAGACUGCAUCAAUCUUGCUUGGUCUGAGCCCACUAACACCGGAGGAACCAACAUUUCCGGAUACAACGUGGAGAAACGCAAAAACGGCAGUAAUCUGUGGGGCCUCGUCAACCCGCCUCAGGAGCCCAUUAAAGAGAGAACUUACGCAGUAAAGGAUGUUGUUGAGGGCUUCUCAUAUGAGUUCCGUGUGUCAGCAAUCAACAUUUCUGGAGCCGGAGAACCAAGCGCACCCUCCGAAUUCGUGUUUGCGAGAGAUCCAAAAAAGCCCCCUGGUAAAGUCCUUGACUUGAGGGUGACAGACUCCACGUACACCACCUUAUCCCUGGCCUGGACGAAACCCAUCGAGGAGGAAGGGGUCCAGGAUGAGGCCAAAGGAUACCUCGUGGAGCUCAGACCGGCAGAAAACCCAGAGUGGAGUAGCUGUAACUCCAGUCCAAUCAUUAUCAACUCUUACACUAUCAUGGGUCUGAAGUCUAUGGCCAUGUACUGGGUUAGAGUUGUAGCCACCAAUGAGGGUGGGGACGGUGAGCCUCAAGAUUUGGACAACUACAUCAUUGCGAUGCCACCUCCAGUGAGACCUCAAUUCACUGACAAAAAACUUAAGAACUUCAUGGUAAUGAAAGCUGGGAACGCUGCUCGAGUCAACUUUAACUUUCAGGCCUCUCCAGUACCAAUCAUUAAUUGGCUCAAGGACGGCUUGCCUGUGCCCAAGCACUUGACGGUGAGCAACACGGACACAUCAUCGCAGCUAAUGAUCUUCUCAUCAGAACGCCAGGACACCGGAAUCUACACCAUAAUUGUGAAGAAUCUUGUCGGUCAAGAAACCUCCAGUGUGGAGAUAAGAAUUACAGAUGACCCGAAGCCUCCAGGCCCCGUGGAGCUGGAUGAGAACGUGUCGGGAACAGUGACAGUCUCCUGGACCCCGUCUCCGGAUGAGAAAAAAGACGACAGGCUGCACUACAUGAUCACCAAGCGGGAUUCUGAGAAGCGUACCUGGCAGAUCAUUGCAGACCAUCUCUUCAAUAACAAGUACACUGCCGUCAACAUCAUGCCGGGGAGACAGUAUCAGUUCCGGGUCUACGCCAAGAACGACAUGGGGCUCUCCGAUCCCUCCGAGUCAGCAAGAUGGGAAGUGAAGAGAGCGAAAGAAAUAUUUACCGUGAACGUCCCAGCCUCUAAGGACUGCAGCUUCGAGACGCCGCCGUCAUUCUCCGUUCCGCUGAAAACGCACAACAGUCCGGAGAAGUACGAGUGCUACAUGAGUUGUGCAGUGACGGGAAAUCCCAGACCCUAUAUCACCUGGUACAGGAACAACAUCAGCCUCAACACCAACACCAACUACCACAUCACCAAUACCUGUGGGGUCUGCUCCAUGGUGAUCCUCAAAGUCGGGCCGAAGGACAGUGGAGAUUACAUGGUCGUAGCAGAAAAUAAUCUGGGCCGAGUGGAGUGCACAACGAAACUUGUUGUUAAAGAUUGA